CACAGGGAGUGUUUAUAUAUAGCAAUAAAAUAAUUUUAUCUAACAUUUCACAGAAAUCCAUCAAAUAUGUCGAACGUAUUAGCAGUUUUAUUCAUAUUUGUAAUAGUGAAAUGUGAGUGCGCGAAAAUAUUGGCAGUUUUUCCAACUCCGUCUAUCAGUCAUCAAGUAGUGUUUCGUCCUUUAGUGCAAGAAUUAGCAAGACGUGGACACGAUGUAACAGUGAUAACAACAGAUCCCGUUUUUCCAAAAGGACAAAGUCCUCAAAACAUAACUGAAAUAGAUGUUCAUGAUAUAUCUUACAAUAUAUGGUCAACAUUUUUACAAGCGGAUAAAGGGAAAGAAGAAAAUGCUCACACACAAAUAACGUCUCUCUUUAAACUAUUGGCAAGAGUAUUUGAAGAGCAAAUGAAAACGAAUGAAGUUCAGAAACUUAUUAAUGAUAAGAAAAAUAAAUUUGACUUACUCUUUAUAGAAUCAUCUGUAAGACCAGCUCUAGGUUUUACUUACUUAUAUAAAGUACCCGUUAUUGAGAUAAGUUCACUUGGUCCUAUUUAUGAAACAUUUGAUAAAUCAGGAGCUGCAACGAAUCCUCUUUUAUAUCCAAUGGCAAUCCGCCAAAGACUCAAUAAUUUAACAUUGUUGGAAAAAAUUCAAGAAUUAUAUACUAUUUUUAAAGGAGAGUAUGCAUAUGCACAGCUUGUAGAAUCUGAAGAUAAAAUGUUGCAGAAAAUAUUUGGGUCAAAUAUUCCAAGUGUUAGAGAACUAAAAAAAAAUGUGCAUAUGUUAUUUCUAAACGUACAUCCGAUAUGGGAUUUCAAUCGUCCUGUACCGCCUAAUGUAGUUUAUUUAGGAGGGUUACACCAAAAUGCUGCUAAAGAAUUACCACAGGAUCUCAAAUCUUAUCUCGACUCUUCAAAAAAUGGUGUAAUAUACAUGAGUUUUGGUACAAAUGUUAAACCCUCAUUGUUACCGAAAGAGAAGAUACAAAUAUUUACUAACGUAUUUUCCGAGCUGCCUUACGACGUUUUAUGGAAAUGGGAUAAAGAUGAAAUUCCAGGACGUUCUAAGAACGUAAGAAUCUCUAAAUGGUUCCCGCAGUCCGAUUUACUCAAACAUCCUAAAGUUAAGCUUUUCAUAACACAAGGAGGUUUACAAUCGACAGACGAAGCCCUAACAGCUGGAGUACCUCUUAUCGGUGUACCAAUGCUUGGAGAUCAAUGGUUUAACUCCGAACAUUAUGUCAAACAUAAUAUAGGCAUCAAACUUAGUAUGAAAACAUUAACAGAGGAAAACUUAAAAUAUGCCAUAGAUACUAUUAUUACAAACAAUAGCUUUCGUGAAAAUGUUGUAAAACUGAGAAACAUCAUGCGAGAUCAACCACUUUCAUCAUUAGAACGCGCCGUGUGGUGGACGGAGUACGUCUUACGACAUGAGGGCGCAACACAUCUACGUACCGCGGCAGCUAACAUACAUUGGACUGAAUAUUAUGCUUUGGAUUUAGUUCUAUUCCUUUUAAGUUCCUUUGUCAUAUUAUUGCUUAUAUUGACGUUUAUAAUACGUAAAACUCUAUUAAAAUUAAAAUAUACUAGAAUUAAAAGAAAAAUGAAUUGAUAUGUUAUAUUAUCUUCGAUCAAUGGAAUGAUGCAA